AUGGAGAAGACUGGCUCUGACCUCGAGCCUAAACCUACCGGUGGAAAGGCGUGCAAAGAAUAUGCUUUGCAGCAACAAGCUACCAAGAAUUAUUUGAACUCUUUAGAUAGGAUAUUAGGGCAAUAUGAUCAUCUUAUAAUCAGACCGAAGCCAUCUAGCUGUAUUAUAAUGUUUCUCGGUAACCCUCAAGGCAAGCAAGCGUUGUCAAAGAUAGUGAAAUUAGCCCCACAAAGUGACCAAGCUACAAAUACUCUACUUUGCCACAAAUUUUUUAAGAAUAGAGAAAGUAUGAAUUAGCUUUUAUGCUAGAAAUAUCACUAGACUUCUUCCAGUAGCCCUUGAUUUCAUCAUAAUCAAAGGUUUCAGAAUAUCUCAAAAAGACUUUGGUAGAGUUCUAACCGCUUGUGGGAGCUCUCCAGAAGUAAAGUUUUCAGAAUGUAGAAUCAUCAUCAAUGGGUUUGGCUAUCUUGAUAAUGCUCAUCCUUCAAUUGGCCGAAUCUCUUUGAAUUAUAACACCAUCAUCCAGCCAGAAGAAGACAAUGAGCACUUGGAUGGGCUCAUACAGAAGAUGGCAGAUUCUAGUCUAAAUGACUCCUUAAGACUUGUCUUGGUUUGGACUUGAAAUCCAAUAAGAAGAGACAAGACCAUUGUAACAAAGAGGGAGUACAAAAUCGGAAAAUUUCAUGUCAGAAUUUUUUAAGCAUACUUUU